UUAUUACUAUAUAUUUGUGUUCUGUGUUUAUUACGUUAAGUCUUGUUAUUGUUAAUUUAUGUUUAAUUAAAAUUUAUAUUUCUUUAGUAAAUUCGUUAUAGAAAAUUUGGAUUUUACAUUUUUAAAAAAUUAUUUUUUACUUUAACUUAAUUCAAUUAUCAAUGUCUCAAAUCAGCACCAGAGAGAAGCUCCUCUAUAUAAUUGAUGAUAUAGAACUUAUAGCAAAAGAAAUUAUUGAAAAUGCUAUUGCUCCUAAAACGAAUAAGCUUUCUGGUCCAGAAUAUGCCCAACUGACAGAACUAUUGGUUGCAAAGGACAAUGAGCUAAAGGACACUCUAAACUUAGCCAAAGAGCAGGGCCAAAUAAAUAAGAAAAUGGACCUUCUAAAAGCUGAAGUAGAAAAACAGGAUCAAGAUAUAAACCACCUUCAAAAACAACUAAAAGAGGCAGAGCAAAUUUUGUCAACAGCCAUUUACCAAGCUAAUCAAAAAUUGCAGAGCAUUUCAAGAGCAAAAAAGAGACCAGUAUCCUCAGAAGAGCUUAUCAAAUUUGCCCACAGGAUAAGUGCUUCAAAUGCAAUUUGUGCCCCACUAACAUGGCAACAAGGAGAUCCCAGAAGGCCCUAUCCAACUGACAUUGAAAUGAGAUUAGGCAUGUUAGGCCGUCUCAGUGACAGAACUGAUAGGGAUCCCAUUAAUGGUCAUAUGUUCCAACAACAGAAUUCAUCAAGUGAUUUGCAUAGAGCAGGACAUCCUGGAGAAAUCCCAGCUUCAAACCAAAACCAGUUUGCAUGGCAUCCUUCUGGGGAAAUGCAUAUAAGUGUGGGCCAAGGCACUGUGCCUAUGGAGACUAGGAAUCAUAAACAAGAAAAUGAAGAUGUUGAGGUUAUGUCAACGGAUUCAAGCAGUAGUUCCUCAAGCGAUUCCCAAUAGCAUAGUAUUAGAACAAGGCGCUUACGAAAAACGUAUUCAUAAUUGUUUUGUAAGAAAUAGGAUAUUAAUAAAAUUGUAUUGGGAUAAUUUUAUGAGAGUAAUUAAUAGUA